ACUCUCUCCGAUGGAAGAUCUUCAGAAUUCAACGCUAAAGUUCUUCUCCGAUCAAGAGCUUUGUUAUGCUGAUAUCGUCCCUCCUGCUCAGGUUAUAAUGCUAGUCCAUCAUCCAUCCUCUUUCUUUCUGUAUUUUGAUCGUUCCAGUUCCGUUUUGAUGCGUGCAGGUCCGAGCGAGAAUUGAAGUGUCCGUCCUCAAUUUUCUCAAAAUAUUAAACGCAUCCAACCCUGCCAUCUCAGAUUUGCCUCUGAAAACAAAUAUGAAUGCGUUUCUAAUUUUAGCUUAAUAAACCUAAGAAACGAUCAGAUUCAGAGAAAAAUGAGUAACAGUCGAGUGAAUCAUGGCCUGUUAACUGAGCUAUCACGUGUUUUUCUCUCCCAUUCCGUAUCUACAAGGUCUCUGAUGAGACCUAAUGCAGCAAAGGCCUUCGUUAGGGUGUGGAAGGUGAUGGAAAUGUGCUAUCAGAUAUUGCUUCAGGAAAAGCGUGUCACACAGAGGGAGCUCUUCUACAAGAUGUUGUGUGAUUCGCCAUACCUGUUUCCUUCUCAAACCCAUGUCAAUAGGACCAUCCAAGAUCUUGUAGCAUUGCUUCGGUGCAGCCGUUACAGUCUUGGAAUCAUGGCAUCUAGUCGAGGACUCGUUGCUGGGCGUCUGAUUUUGCAGGAACCGGGCAAAGAGGCUGUCGAUUGCUCUUUAUGUGGUUCUUCUGGAUUUGCAAUUUCUGGUGACUUGAAUUUGUUAGACAAUUUGGUUCUAAAUUCUGAUGCUCGGUACGUUAUGAUUGUGGAAAAGCAUGCAAUAUUUCAGCGGCUUACUGAGGACCGGUUUUUUCAUCAAAUUCCAAGCAUUCUUAUCACGGCUAAGGGUUACCCAGAUAUGGCCACAAGAUUUCUUUUAUAUCGAAUCAGUCGAGCUUUUCCAGACUUGCCAAUUUUAGCUUUGGUGGAUUGGAAUCCAGCUGGGUUAGCUAUUCUAUGCACCUUCAAGUUUGGAAGCGUAGGAAUGGGCCUGGAGGCAUACAGAUACGCUUGCAAUGUCAAAUGGCUAGGACUGCGGGGACAUGAUCUACCUUUGCUGCCAGACCAAUCUUUCGUUCCAUUGAAGCCAAAGGAUCUGCAAAUUGCUCAAAGCUUGAUGUCCUCGGGAAUGUUACAGGAUAAUUACAAGGAAGAAGUGGCUUUAAUGGUCCAGAGCGGAAGGAGAGCUGAAAUCGAGGCCCUUUACUUUCAUGGAUAUGAUUAUCUGGGGAAGUACAUAGCUAAAAGAAUUGUACAGUCCGAUUAUGUAUAAUUCAUAAUCGAUAUAUGUUUAAAACCGUAAAAUUCUAAAGCUAAAACAAAUAGGGAGACUUUUCUGGAUAACCAACAUAUACGAAGAUUUUGCACAAGUAAAAUGCAUAUGAAAUAUUAGAGUAAUCUAUUCGGUCAUUGCAUGUCUAGAAAGUGAUUAUUUAAGGGGGAAAUUCAAAAAGCUUUUUUUCUUCUUCUUGAAAUAUUAA